AUGAUACCGAGGGUUGCUAUGAGGCGUCGCUCUGCUGAAGAAGUUCCUCCUACAGAGCCAACAGAGAAAGGAAACAGGAAAAGUCAUACUAAUCGAAUCUGUUUGUUGGUCUCAUUAUCACUCUUUUUCUGGGCAUUGCUCUUGUACUUCCAUUUUGCUGUCAUAGGUAGCAGCAGCACUAACAUCGACAAACAGAUCCACUUGCAACCUCAACCUCAACCAUCAUCAUCAACCUCUCUCCGGGUAGACAAGUUCCCUCUCGAUCCUCCCAAAGAGAAAGAUAAACCUAUACUUCCUCCUGCUCCAGUAGCUAACACUUUUAACCCUCCAAGAAUCGUCGAGAAACAUGAGUUCCCGUUUGUCAGAGCGUUGAAGACAGUAGACAACAAAUCCGAUCCCUGUGGAGGCAAGUACAUUUACGUUCACGAUCUCCCCUCCAGGUUAAACGAGGAUAUGCUUCGUGACUUUCGCUGUCGACGUCAUCUUCAGCAACCGUAUGAAGCAGUACAAAUGCUUGACCAAUGA